AUGUCCAAGCCGGUAGACCACGUCAAGCGGCCCAUGAACGCCUUCAUGGUGUGGUCCCGGGCCCAGCGGCGCAAAAUGGCCCAGGAGAACCCCAAGAUGCACAACUCAGAGAUUAGCAAGCGAUUGGGGGCCGAGUGGAAACUGCUCACGGAGUCGGAGAAGCGACCCUUCAUAGAUGAGGCGAAGCGCUUGCGGGCCAUGCACAUGAAGGAGCAUCCCGACUACAAGUACCGGCCACGCCGAAAGCCCAAGACUCUGCUCAAGAAAGACAAGUUCGCCUUCCCCGUGCCCUACGGCCUGGGUGGCGUGGGAGAUCCGGAGCACCACGGGCUGAAGGCGGGAGGCGGGCUGCACGGGGGCGCUGGGGGUGGGCUAGUGCCCGAGUCCUUGCUUGCCAACCCGGAGAAAGCCGCUGCUGCUGCGGCCGCGGCCGCCGCGCGCGUUUUUUUCCCGCAGUCUGCCGCAGCGGCCGCAGCGGCUGCCGCCGCGGCAGCCAGCAGCCCCUACUCUUUGCUGGACCUGGGCUCUAAAAUGGCAGAGAUCUCCUCGUCCUCCUCGGGGCUCCCCUAUGCGUCCUCGCUGGGCUACCCGACGGCCGGCGCCGGUGCCUUCCACGGGGCCGCAGCCGCAGCUGCAGCCGCCGCCGCCGCCGCCGGGGGGCACACGCACUCGCACCCUAGCCCCGGCAACCCAGGCUACAUGAUCCCGUGCAACUGCAGCGCCUGGCCAAGCCCGGGACUCCAGCCGCCUCUCGCCUACAUCCUGUUGCCUGGCAUGGGCAAACCUCAGCUGGACCCUUACCCUGCAGCCUACGCCGCGGCGUUAUGA